UACUAAUCGAAACGAAUUAUGAGGUGUAUUCAUUGCGGGGCUGAGGCUAGCAGCUUGUAUCAUGUUUUCUGCGGGUCAAUCAAACUAAGAGAAUGCGAAGAAUGUAGCCACUUUAUCGAUGAUCUUUUGGAGGUUGAACCAAUGGUGAUUGGGGUGAAGUUAUUUCUGUUGCGACGGCAGGUCUAUCGGCACCUUUGCUGCAAUCGUGAAGGUCCUCUGCCACUGCAGGUUCCGAUUACGCUUUUGGCAAUGGAGGUUUUCCUGUCGUGGACACUUUGUUGCUAUGAGGAAAACUUCGAAGAAACAGGAGACUCGUUUCGGUGGAACCUUUUUGAUACGACUGUUCGGGUCACAUUUGGUUGGAUGGCCUACAUAGCAGUCCUUUACGUAUGCUUGUCCACCUUUGCAAAGUUUGAUAAUUAUACCAUGUCGCGAGUAUUUUACUUGGUUACGGUGUCUAGCUUUUCGAAACUACUCAAUAUUGGCAUCGUGCUGUGGAGUCCAGUUGAGUUUCUGGUUGCUGCCGCAUAUGCAGCGGAAUUUUAUUGGCUUCUCGCACAAUUUCGCAUGUUACAAUGUACCCUUGAACGUUCGUGGCUGGCCUCACUGCUUUGCGUGGCUGUAGCAGCCUGGGCGAAAUGGACGUUAGCAGCUUCAUCAAUACCCUGUGUCGUCUCUAAUCAAUUCGUUGAUUAUGUUUAAUUCCAAAGCCACCUUAGCAAUGUUAACAGCGAGUGGCAUAACCCGCCCGAAUCACCAACGGUCAUAACGGUAUUACAAUUAAAUAGAAAAAUGCGCUACGGUAAUUUGUAGAACUCAGCGUAGCACUAAGUACAACACUCCAGUUUUAAUAAAAAAAAAUAGAAUUUUUACCCAUUUGUUAAGUGU